GUGCUAACCUGUAUUUUCUCUGUCAUGUCACAGGUGAAAGUGGAGGAGGAGGAUCAGCAGGUGAUCUGUAUCAAGGAGGAGCCAGAGGAGGCCCCGGAAGUUAUAUCCUGCUUACUGCUGGACAAUCAGUUGAACCGUGGCCAUCUGGCUCAGUCAGAGGUUUCGAUGUCUGCCGCACAGUGGUCAGGACUUCAGGCCAGCCAGAGAACAUGCUCCUCAGGUUUCAGCUCAGCUGGACCAAGCUCUUCCUAUGCCACGCCUCAGACAGCCUUUCCUGCCAUUGCCCCACUGCCUCCUGACACUUCACGGCAGAUGGUGCGGGGUCCGUGGAACAAGGACUUCAGCUUAUAUGAAGAGUACAAACUGCGGCGCAAUGAGCUACGCCGGCGAAGCCUUAAUCGACGGCGAGAGCUGGAAAAAACGCUGCCUCAGCCUCUGCUGGCCGAUCUGGUGAGUACGGGAGCGGCGAGAAAAGACCAGACUGAGGGUGGCCAGAUGGCGGGCAAAGCGGAAACUGCAGGCUUGUCUCAACCAGGUUCAGACUCAAGGUGGCGCAGUGGCUCUUUCCAAGGAUGGUUUCCCAGUCAGUGGUCCUCAGCAACACAAAGCAUCUGGUGCAUCCACUUCCAGUCCGCUCAACAAUGUGGUUAUCUCUGCAGUCACGAAUUUCCCAUUCGUCACGCCGACGUCGUCGUCCUCCCUGUUCCUGAGGGGCCCGAAUAUGGCCACACAGGUUGAUCAACACACGUCGAUGUCAGCAUCAAAUUCGUCUGCCACCUAUCCGCAGGUUAGCAUAUCGCAACAGAGCAAGUCUCUGAUGGACGCCAACGUCGAUUCAUGAAAAUCCAGGCUUAGCUACCAUUGUUUGUCUGGCAAUGGCACCCCGGACACUUCUUUAUGUGUAGUUUAAACACUGAAUGCCAUUCAUAUCCUGUUGCGCCGAACACAUUCACUUCACAAAGAUAAUUUGUAUCGUAGGGAUGGGGUGUUAGUCAAUUUUGAAAUGUAAAGUAAUGAAUAGGCAAUCCUGUAUUUUUUCAUUUCAAACAUUUUAUAUGGCAAAAAAUACAUUCAUUCUUUUUUUAAAAGUUAUUCGUCAGAAAUAUUUCCCAAGAAUUCUAACAAUUUAACAUGAGAUGCUUUGUUUAAAAAAAGAAAAAAGUUCCAGAAGAACAGCGCCCUCUCCUGGUUGCUGGCACUUAUUUUGCCUCCAUUGAGAUGACUUCAUAGACCAGAGACAGGCAACUGGCAACCCACGAGUGCACACUCAGAGUGGCCCUUGAUUCAUUUGUGAAAAUAAAUUGUUUACUGUAGCGAAAGAGUUUUAAGUUUUAGUGAAAGUGUUUGCCAUUGGAUAGGGCACCAUCAAACCGAAAACUGUCCUGUGCUUCUGUAUCAGAGAAGAAGAGAGGAGUGCUUUAUCUCCCGCAUUAGGUCAAAAAAUUGUGUCUUUCAGGUAAAAUAAGAAGCAGAUUUUAUGUUCACCCAAUUUAAACCAAAGUCCCUAGUUUGCUUAGAGAGACUAUUAGCCAUGAAAUUUUGCAACCUACAUUGCCACCACAACAUUGAUCUCAAGAGUACACAAAACGCCAUUCCCACCACCCACACACACGUGCAUGCACACAAAAAACGUUGACAGUUUGUUUUGAAGGCCAUUAGGAGUUACAAAAAUUCACAUUGAAAUCAAAUCACAGUAUGUGGUUGGUUUUGGUUUGCUUUAUUGCUUUGUAGUUGAUCAGUACAUUUGAGCAUGCAAGAUAUGAAGAUAUUCUUUUGUCUAUUGGUCUAAUAAAAAACAAAAAACAGAUAUGUACAUAUUUUUUGUCCAUAUUUAAAAUGGCAUUUUUGUCCAACAUCUGGUUUGUCAUACAUCUCGUUCUUUGUAACCCUCCAUUAGCGCUGACAAAAAAUUGGCCCCCCUCCAUCGUUUAAGUUGCCCAUCCCUGACAUAGAGUACAUAGACGCUAAACUUUACUUUCCUGUUGAAACAAGACCCACAAAUUUUAGAAAUGCUUCAAUGAAACUUUUAAGUCACCUUUAGCUCAGGUGACUCCUGACCAACUAUUCAGUAGGAGGAGCUAUAUAACCCACAGUCCUUCACGUCAACUAUAUUCACAGCAACAGACUACCAACAGACAUUGCGAAGACGCUCAAGUUUCACACUAUAGACUUAAAAAGUGCAGAACGCUAUAUAUGAAUUUGCAUCAAGAAAAGGCUUACGGAACAGUAGCGUUGCCUCAACAAUUGUAAGACUCACAUUCCAAUCCAUAGAGAAAAUAAAAGCUGUCAACUCUAAAUUUAAAAAGACAAAUUGUAAAGGAUUAAACUUUCAAUGAGAGGAAAAGGACAAAAAGAAAAAGCAAUGCUUACCAUUGCACAAUGACCAAUUUCAACCUGCUAUGCUUUCAGAUGUUUGAAUGGAAGCAACUUUUCUCUCUUUGAUUCAGUGACGCAUUCUUAACAAAGAUAGAGAAAAGGUUCGGAGAUUUGACUUUCUGAAUAGGCCCUCUGCCUUGAGAGCUGAAUUAUACAUCGUCAGUGCCGCCAUAUUGUAUGUGGUAUAGAUACAAUGAGCGAUCAAUGAAGAUGCCUCAUUCAUUUGGUGCCCGGUGAUGUGCACAUUGCAUCCGGAAAGUAGUCACAGUGCGAACGCACUUCACUUUUCCCGCAUUUUAUGUUACAGCCCAAUUUCAAAAUUGAAUUAAUUAUUAUACACAUUUUUCCUUCAAACAUAUACGUACAUUGACAACAUGAAACGUUAAAAAAUAUAUAUAUAUUUUUUGCUAAUUUAUUUUAAAAAAUAAAAUAAGAAAUCAUAUGUACAUAAAUAUACUUUUACUGGACCCUUGUCAAUGUAAUAGGCCCAUUUUCUUGGAAAUUUGUGUAGGCUGAAAAUGUGAGUUGCAUAUUUUUGGGGUGAUUGUGACUGGCCUGAAUUCACUGCUCGCUUAGCCUGUAGAUCUGAUUAAAACGUUGGGUGUUUCAAAUCUCGAGGAACUCAAUUUUCUAACAGAGUAUUACGUACGGGCAAGUAGACAAGGGGGUGAUGUAAAUCCCUUGGCUUGUUCUAAACAAAGCGAAACUGUACCGCAUUCGCUGGGCUGGAACUCAUCUGGCGAUCGGUAGGGAUGAAAUACAAAUUCCCAAAUAAUUAAUAAAUGUACUAUAAUUACAUCAUUUAUGCCCAUCCCUGAUAAUGUCGCACCUCUCUUCUUCACUUUGUGUCUUUGGUGAGCAUCGAAAACCUUCGAGUAUUGUUCAACUGUUAUCAGAUGCGCACACCGACUGUCAAAUGACUAACAUAAUUUUUUAGAUGAAAUGUGUGCAGAAACUAAACAUGUUAACUGUUUUGUGUAUUAUGUUGACUGAAUCCCAUUAAAAUGUGCUGUGCGA